UCGGCCCACACGGUUGCCACCUCUAAGAGCAGUGUGCUGUGGUUCCUACCAUCUUGCCGCUUGCAAAGAUCUAAAACUUCGAUUUCCUGCUUUGAAACCGCGUUACUUCCGUUCCAGCUCUACGUGUAGGUGGUGUUUCCGCACAAGGCUUCCGAUAUCCCAUGCAUCGCAGCUUUCCGUCAUUCCCAGUCCAGGUUCAGCUAUGGAGCACGCGCCGACUGAAAUCUUACUUAAUAUUUUCCGCUUUAUUGACGACGGCCGGACGUUGCUGGACUGCGUUAGUCUCGUGUGCUUCAGAUGGAACAGCGUGGCGAAGGACCCACGGGCGUGGGCCAGUGUUUGUGCCACGAUAUGCACUUCAAAGGACCGCGAUUACUAUGUGCCCCGGAACGAAGCGCGCGUCGCCGUUCACGCUCUUGCCUUGAGGGAGCUGAGAAUUCAAGUGUUCGCUAAUGCGGCGUUGAGUUCACUCCGGUCGCUGGAAGGCUUCGUCCCUCUGCAGGACGUUCUAACGCGGUGCCACGCCACCAUUCAGAGGAUCGUCUGCGGUGACUCGUAUGCCAUGAAUCCUGAGUCAAAGACGGCUCAGUGUGAACUGCUGAAACGCAAUGAGAAGAGCCUCAGAGCACUAUCUUGGAGUGUCCGUGGGCAUGCCGCUCUGCAUGGAAAUGUACUGCACUCCAUAUCAACUUUGGAGCAAAUUGAAGAGUUGACACUAGCGGCAUCCUCGAAGCCACAGUAUUCGCAGCAGUUGAAAGGUCGCCUCCCUUCGCUGCGCGUGCUGAACUACUCCGUGCCGCAGGGCGUGGAUCGCGUUCCCUUCAACCAUCGCGAAAUACUUAAAGACUUGCUGGAAGGUGCCGCGGAGUCGCUGCGCCGAGUCGAAGUAAACCUUCCCCUCCAUUCGUCGGUGGUGCAAUCGCUCUCGAAGUGUGUGAAUGUCACCAGUCUCUCCAUACCCAUCGAGUCGGUGAGCGGCAUCCGCCAAAUGACGUCAUUGCGCGAGCUGACUGCGGUCGUGCACUCGCAGCUGGAGGACAUCUCCCCUAGGACCGUGGAGGCCCUGACCGACGCCGCGCUGCCGGCGCUGCGCCACCUCAAGUUUGAGACUUGGACCGGCUACCACGUGAUUCGCUGCCUGGCCGCGAUGCUGGCCAUCGCCAGAGCAGCUCCCCACGUCAGCACACUGAAAGUCCAAUACGACACUUCCUCCAGGGCGUCCAUUGAGAACACUGUUGUCGAGAUGCUGGGCGUCCUGCCCGACCUCACGUCCGUCUCCGUCUCGACGGGCGGCCCAGCCAUUGUCCCACGGUGAGGCC